CCUAGGUGGACUUCAGUAUGGCGGCAAAGAUCUGUAAGUGGGGAACCGACUCAAAACAUGGCACGGUCUAAGUCAGACCUGUCAAAUAAAUGUUUUUACUUCUAAUAUUUAGCUCAUAGUUUCUUUUUCCUCCUUAUUCGUUGAGAAUUAAGAAAAUAUUUAUUGCAAUGGCUUCUGACUCAGUUCCAAUCCUCUUGGUGACAGCUAAUGUAGGCUCUAUAUUUGAAGAUCCUUCUAUCAUGCUUAAAAUGUGGACCAAAGAGUUCUUGGAAAAUGUGAUUCGGUUGAAACCAAAAUUUGUUGCAUUGCAUUGUCAAGAAGUCGGUGGGAAAAACUAUGAGGAAAGCAUGCAGCAUGUAGAAUAUUUUGUGAAACUUUUAAUGGAAAGUGAUGAACUUACAAUGUUUGAUAAAGUUCGAAUUUAUCUUGAUGAAGAUUAUUCUUCUGCUGAGAAUUUUACAGCCUUAGGGAACUUUUACUUCAUACAUGAAUCAAUAUCUGAUGUUCUCAUGUGGGAUUUUGAAGAGCUUUGCUUUAUUGCUGUAGAAGGAAAAGAAGUAUUUGCUGGAAAUAUAGAAGAUGUUUCUACAAAAGAAAAAUCUAAAUUUCCUCAAGACUUUUUUCCUGAAUGUAAGUGGUCUCGGAAAGGCUUUCAAAGGACUAGGUGGAAUCUAAAUGGAACAGUAUUUGAUCUUAUCAAUAUACAUUUAUUCCACGAUGCUUCAAAUUUUGUUGCAAUGGAGAAUUUUCCUUCAGUCUAUUCCAAAACAAGGCAAAGAGCUUUGGAGUACACACUUGACAGGUUUCAUAAUGAUAAACACGGUAGUGCUCCAUUCUUCUUGUUCGGAGAUUUCAACUUCAGGACAGACACAAAAGGUGUCAUUAAGAAAUUAUCUGAAGGGCUAAAUGAAGUGAAGGUGGAAAAUGGUAAGAACUGUAAAUUAGAAUACACAGAUUCCAGCAGCCAGGUUGUUUUCAGUGUUGGGAAGAAAGAGUUUAGCCAUUUCAAACACCAAUCCAUUUUUGCUGAAGAACCUUGGUUAAAGGAAUUUGAUAAAGAAAUGGAGGAUUUUUGUGGUCAGCUCUUUGAGUUUCCAAUUAAUUUCCCACCCUCUUAUCCAUUUGUUGAGGAUAGCAAUGUACGUGCAGAUUACAUGCAAACACGGUGCCCUGCCUGGUGUGAUAGGGUUGUAUUAAGUCAGACAGCAAAACCUCUUAUAUCAUCAAAAGAUGAAGAUAAAGUCGAGUACAGUCUCAUAGGUAUCAACUCUUGUAUGGGAGAUCACAAGCCAGUGUAUCUAACUGGAUAUUUAACUAGCGGAGCAGGUAGAUUGUCCUGUUGUGACUCUUACUCCAAACCGAACACUAACAAUGAUGAGACAGUUUUAUUUGACUUAGGACCAGUAGAAUCAGAAAAUCAAGAGGAUAAGGGCACUAUAGCAGAGAUAGGUCCAAUACCUACCCCACUUACUGAGAGAUUUAUCGUUAAAAGGGUCCACUCGGCCUCUAUAGUUGAAGUUAAAGUUGGCCUCGUCAAGGUGAAUAGUUGUCGGGGUAAUGAUUCCUGGAGGUCUAGGUCGUGUUCUGUCUCUGGUGUGAAACCACCACUACGCGCAUUCUCUAGGAUGAGGUUGAUUUCGAGUGAAGCAUCACUUACAAGGGUUCAGUCCCAUCACAGUUCCUCCUCAGAGGAAUGGUUUGAGGAAGAGGAACCACCUUCCUCUAGACCUAGCAUAAGUUCUAAAAAAAAGCACCAUAAGAGAUGUUGUGUGAUCAUUUAAUGUUACCAAAGUAAAUUUAACUGACAACUUUUAUAUAUCAUUGUUUUAAUCUGAGCAAUAUUCUAAUCCUCUUUAAU